AUGCCCAACCCGAAGAUCACCUUCUAUGUCGAUAUCGUCAGCCCUUUUGCGUAUCUGGCGUUCUACGCUUUGAAUAACUUUCCAGUCUUCGCCCAGUGCGAGAUAACGUACAUCCCUAUCUUCCUCGGCGGCGUGAUGAAGGCAUGCGGCAACACGCCACCGCUCCGGAUCAAAAACAAGGCUGAAUGGGUUGGCCGCGAACGCGACCGCUGGGCUAAGAAGUUCAACAUCCCGAUCAUGGAGGGAGUGCCUGAAGGGUUUCCGGUUAAUACCAUUACUCCCCAGCGCGCCCUCUCCCUAAUAGCCGCCCACAACCCCACCGCCCUCCGCUCUGCCAUUGCCGCCUGCUACGACACCUUCUGGGUCCGCGGCAAACCGAUCCAAGACCCGGCUAUCCUAGCCGCCGCGCUCGCGUCAGUGCUAGGUCAAUCGCAGGCCCAAGAGGUGAUGAACGAGGUCGGCAGCCAGGAAGCCCGGAACCUGCUGAGCGAGAACACGGAAGAGGCGCUUAGGGAGGGCGCGUUUGGGCUGCCGUGGAUCGUUGCGACGAACCCCGCCGGCGAGAAAGAGGCCUUCUGGGGGUUUGAUCACCUCGCGCAGGUGGUCGACCAUCUGGGGCUUGAGCGGCCGAGGGAAGGGCCGUGGAGGGCGUUGUUGUAG